AUGAGUUUUUGUUUGUAUGAGCUCGCGUUGAAAAAACCAAUACAGGACAAAGUGCGAGAAGAAAUGAACAUGAUGAAGAAGAAACACAACGCUGAGAUUGACAAUGAUUUUCUAAAGGAUUUACAUUAUUUGGAAAUGGUAUUAGCUGAAACUUUACGAAAGUAUCCACCACUUUUAACACUGUUUAGAGAAGCUACGCAGGAUUACCAAGUACCCGAUGACACAUUUGUAAUCGAAAAAGGUACAAAAGUUCUUAUUCCUGCCUACGCAAUUCAUCACGACUACAGAUACUAUCCCGAUCCGGAGACGUUCGAUCCCGAACGGUUCUCACCAGAGGAAAAGGCUAAAAGACCAAAUGGAACUUAUAUGCCGUUUGGCGAUGGACCUCGCUUAUGUAUAGGGAAACGAUUCGCAGAAAUGGAAAUGAAAUUGGCGUUAACCGAACUUUUGACCACGUAUGAAGUGGAACCAUGUGAAAAAACAGACAUUCCAAUGAGAUUCAGUAAAAGAUCACUAAUUAUUACGCCUGAAAAUGGUAUUUGGUUAAAAUUUAAACCCAUACACGCAUCUAAAUAA